UUUGACCCCAUGGACAGGUAAGCUCUCCCAAAACAGAAGGUGAGUCAUACCGCUGGUAUAAAAGUAGCGGCUUGCAGAGACCGUGCAGGUAAACAUUAAGGGGCGUACACGAUGGCAACGGCAAGGGACAGAAGCUCUUCCUCCGAGUCGCUCGAGGAACCAACCCCUCUCCCCGGAGACGGUCUGGGGAAGGGAGAAGGCGAGGGGAGCGUCGAUUCGUUUUUCCUUCGGCAGCAGAGGGAGAGGUUCUCUGAACUUCGUCGUAUUUCUCACGGCGAACGUCCCGUGUCCGGGCAAGGUAUCUGCGAGAAGCUGGACAGCUUCUUCCGUGGCCAAAUUGGCGCAGACUCAGCUGAACUGGGAGAGGAAAACGAUGAGAACAGACCAACCAGCAGCCAACGGAGGACUGAGGAGAGACGCCCAGAAGCAGUUAGACUAGAGGUGCGAGGACUGUUUGACCAGCACCGCGUGAGUAACGUGCUGCAGAGUGACCUGUUCAGGCGCGAGUUGGAGAACGUUGUGCGGGGAGGACUGUCCAGGUUCCAUCGGUCUGUCCCUCCACCUCGCCUCCCUCCACCACCUCCCCCUCAAGACUUCAACGAUGCGAGCUCCACCACCACUGCCACUGACUUUGAUGAGACGGGGAGCGUCUCCAGCUUCACGUCAGGCAGCACCUCGGACGUGUCGCUCCACUCCUGGCUGUGGCAGGUCCCUCCUCCUCCUCCCCAGUCAGAUUAUGGACCCCCACAGAUGGGCCCCGGAGCACUCCCACCACCUCCCUCUUACCAGGCGGCACAGCACGCACAGCCAUGGCAACAGCAGGCACCUGGGCAGCUGGGACAGCAGGGCCCAUGGCAACAGCAGCAGGGCCCAUGGCAACAACAGCAGGGCCCAUGGCAACAGCAGCAGGCACAGCAAGGUCAUAGGCAGCAACCUUGGCUGCAACAAAGGCAGCCAACACUAUUGCAACGACAGCAGCAGCAACAAGCCAGCCGGCGUGCGCUGUAUGACAUCGAGCAGGCUCAGCGGGAAAACAUCGUGAACGACAUCAGCGAGCUGCUGCAGCGCCAGCUGGUCAGCUCCUCGCUGGACGGCGGCUUCCGCGGCGUUCUCGAGCUCAUGGUGGCGCGAAGGGUUAACGAGAGCGGUACUGAUGGAGAGAGGGUGCAGGAGUCCAUACAGAGCAUCCCCCGCUCCCGUCCUCACCGCAGGAACGACUUCAGCCACCUCGGCAUCAACACACAGCCUCAGGGCGCAGAGGCUGAUGGGAUAGGGGCACCAAGGAACCAGCUGCAGGGUCCGGAGCUUGCAUCACUGCAGGCGCAGGUGGAGGAGCUGAAGAACAUGGUCAGGGUCAGCUUCGACCUGCAGCUGGACCUGCAGAGGGCCAUCAGGCAGGAGGUCGCCGCUGCCAUGGCCGCACACACAGGUUCCAACACGCAGGACGUGCCUGUGACUCGAGCGGUGCGGGAGGGCCACUGCCUGAUCUGCCUGGACCAGACUGUGGACUCGGUGCUAUACCAGUGUGGACACAUGUGCGUCUGCAACGGCUGCGGCCUCAACCUGAAGGCUCAGGGGCACAACUGUCCCGUGUGCCGCGCACCGAUCAGAGAUGUCAUCAGGGCAUACAGGUGCAACCAGGAUUGAGCACUAGUGCAUCAAUCAGUUAAAGCUUUGGGGGCAUAGGAGUAGUAGAAAAAAGUCCUGGGGUUGCUGUUCACCUAUCAGAGAUGUCAUCAGGGCCUACAGGUGCAACCAGGAUUAAGCACUGGUGGUGCAUCAAAAAGUUAAAUCUUUGGGGGCUUAGGAGUAGCAGGAAAUGUGCCUGGUGUGCCACACAUCUAUCAGAGAUGUCAUCAGGGCCUACAGGUGCAACCAGGAUUAAUUGACCACUGGUGCAUCUAUCAGUUAAAGCUUUGGGGGCAUAGGACAAACACUGUCCAUAUGCACCUAGAUGAUAGUCGACAGAUUUUCAUGUAUGUAGUGAAUGAUUUAAUUAAAUGGUAGUAGAUUUGAACUACCUUUUUUUUUUUACUUUGUAUAAAAAUCGCUAGAUUUUCAUGCAGAUUGAUUUGCUUGUAUACCCAGUUUAUAUGGUAUAUCUUAACCCUUUGACACCUAAGUGGGUUGUUGACUGUAGGGAUGUUUUUCAUCAUAUAAUUUGGUACAAAUUCACAUGGGAAAUCAGUAUAAUACAUAAUUCAAUCAUUGACCAGAAGAAAACUAUUGGUUCAUAAAUGCAAUAGGGUCAUGUGAAUCAUGCAUGAUUGUGCAUUACUUGGGGAGAACAUACAUAUGGUUGAACAUGUACUUAUAUUUUGUAAUAAGUAUGCAAUAUAAUUACAUGUACUUUCUGAAAAGAAAAUAUGAUAUGAAGAAUAUUAUUGUCUCUUAAAGCAACUGAUGUAUAUCACUAAUAUCAGGGUAUGUUUUUAAAGAGAAAUUGGUAGUGUUUGUAUUCCUUAGUCAUAUAGUGUUGUAUGGUCACAACCUGUAUUCGAUCUUGUGACUGUGUUGUACAAAAGUAUGAAUGUUACAGCACAGAGACACAUGAAAACCUUGCAUGGCCAGAUCGUUCUGAAUUCCAGUAGCCAGUCAGCAAUACAACAGGACCUGUCAAUACUAAUGUAGUUAGUAAGAGAGAUGUCCAGACCUGCUGGCAGGUCUAUUACAUUCCACUGUACUGCAUCUGUACAUGGAGCAAAUAAACACUAUAUGUUUAUGGUGAA